UUUGGUAGCUACCUAUUGGCCAUGAGUGGAAAAAUUGCGGCCACGGCAACCGAGGCAAAUGAUGCUCAAAAUAUAAAAAAUCCACAUCUUGGAUGGACAAUUGGUUUCCUGUUCCUGGUCAGCUUCAUUGGGCUCUUUGGUCUUGUGCCACUGAGAAAGAUUAUGAUCAUUGACUACAAGCUGACGUAUCCCAGUGGCACUGCAACAGCCUACCUCAUAAACGGCUUUCACACGCCACAUGGUGCCAAGCUUGCAGGGAAGCAAGUGAAGGAACUGGGUAAAUUCUUUGUCCUUAGCUUUGUUUGGGGUUUCUUUCAGUGGUUCUAUACUGCUACAGAUGAAUGCGGAUUCCAAAAAUUCCCAUCAUUAGGCCUGCAAGCUUUCAACAACAGGUUUUACUUUGACUUCUCACCUACGUAUGUCGGAGUGGGAAUGAUUUGCUCACAUAUUGUCAACAUAUCUGUUCUCCUGGGAGCCAUCCUCUCAUGGGGAAUAAUGUGGCCUCUCAUAGCCAAGAAAAAGGGAGUUUGGUUCUCUGCUGAUCUCACUGACGGUAGUCUUCACGGAAUGCAAGGUUACCGGGUCUUCAUAGCCAUUGCCUUGAUUCUUGGGGAUGGUCUAUACAACUUCCUAAAGAUGCUCUUUCUCACAAUCUACUCUUUAACAUCUCAACUCAAGAAAAGUAAUGCUAGUACACUUCCUAUCUCUGGUGAUACCAUGCUUACCAGCACUGCAGUUAUCUCAUGUGACGAAGAGCGGCGCAACGAACUAUUUCUGAAAGACCAAAUUCCUUGGUUCGCUGCAUAUGGAGGCUAUGUAGUUGUUGCUGCCAUAUCUAUCGGUACCGUCCCACAGAUAUUCCCACAGUUGAAGUGGUACCACAUCUUGGUAGCCUAUAUUUUGGUAGCCUAUAUUUUUGCUCCUAUACUUGCCUUCUGCAAUGCCUAUGGAUGUGGCCUCACUGAUUGGUCCCUCGUUACGACCUACGGAAAGCUUGCCAUCUUUGCAUUCGGUGCAUGGGUAGGUGCCUCGCAUGGCGGUGUUCUUGCAGGUUUGGCUGCCUGUGGUGUGAUGAUGAGCAUUGUGGGCACUGCUGCCGACUUGAUGCAGGACUUCAAAACUGGAUACCUGACACUUGCCUCACCAAGGUCAAUGUUCAUCAGCCAAAUCGUAGGCACUGCAAUGGGCUGUGUCAUUGCUCCUUGUGUGUUCUGGCUUUUCUACAAGGCCUUCGAUAACAUUGGCAUCAAUGGCAGUGAGUACCCUGCACCAAAUGCCACCGUCUUCCGGAGCAUGGCGAUACUGGGUGUGGAUGGCUUCUCCUCACUUCCAAAGAACUGCCUCACUCUCUGUUACGUAUUCUUCGCCGCGGCGAUCGUCAUCAACUUGAUCAGAGACCUGAUGCCCAAGAAGGUAUCGAGGUUUAUUCCGAUCCCAAUGGCGAUGGCGAUACCUUUCUACAUCGGAGCAUAUUUCGCAGUUGACAUGUUCGUCGGGACGGUGAUAUUGUUCGUGUGGCAAAAACUGGACAGAGCCGAGGCAGACGCUUUUGCGCCUGCAGUUGCUUCUGGCUUGAUAUGUGGUGAUGGGAUAUGGGUUCUGCCUCAGUAAGUGCUUGCUCUUGCCAAGGUGAAUCCUCCGAUCUGCAUGAAGUUUCUGUCGAGGAGGACGAAUGACAAAGUGGAUGCUUUUCUUUUAACAUUAUCAUAGAACGCUCGAGGGAAAAGAGAUGUAACAGUAAUGAAGCCAUGGUUGAACCUGCUUCUCAUCUGCUGUGUGUAUAAUGGGCAAUUUUCUUUUCCUUUAGUGGAUGUCAGCAAAGCCAACAUGCUGAGAUAUAUAUCAGAUGAAUAAAAAAUAUGUACAGCAAGUUGAGGAAUGGACAAUUAUCCUAUUAAUGCUACUAUACUAAAUGUGAUCUGCUUUCC